AUGUCUUCUUUCUCCCGACUUCAGUUGGCUGCUGCUCUAAUUGAGUAUGACAAUGAUGAUUCUAACCCUGACGCUCCUAAGAAGUCUGCGCACGACAGCGCCAUUUUCGCUCCUUUGCGUCGGAUGAAUCCUCAGCGCCGUUCCACAGCCUCGAGAAAGAGUACGGACUAUCUUGGAGUAGCCCUUCCCAGCGAGACGGGUAGCGUGGCAGCAAGGGACUCUGUGUUGGGUGGACGUGAAUCAGUUUUUGGCGGUCGAGAGUCUAUUCUAGAUGGGCGUCGAUCAAGAGGCUCUUCUGAUGCUCUUCGGAAUCCCUUCGCUCGCGACUCGACCUUCGAGGGCGCUCUAGAUGAAGACGAGGAGGACAUUGAGGUUGACUUGACUUCUUGGGGCUUGGAUGCCCUUGUCACCGAUGACAAGGACCACAAGGGUUCGCGCAGGAAGGCAAAGACUGAUUCUUUACCAAAUCCACAUCCAAUUGUUGCUCCGGUGCAGCAACCGGAGUUGCGAGCGGCACCUGGACGUCAAGGAAUCACUCCCACUAGGACGAUGAGUUUGGGGACCUUUGAUAGCUUCGGCGAAGGGGGUGCGUUUUUGGAGGCUAGGUCUACUAUGGGCCCACUUACCACUCGUCGUCAUUCUGUUGGCGCUCCCCUCGAGCUUCCUCCUGCAAAACAACCCGUGCAAGAGCAUCCACGUCGCGGUCGCACUGCGUCAGAACAUGUACUUAUAGAAAAUAUUCCAGUCACCCCUCCGCUUCAUUCCAUUCCGUUCCCUACAAGCGAGUCUGUUCGUUCCAUAUCACCUAUGCCCAACUUAAAUGAUGGUGCAUCUAUCGCAAGACCAUCCUCUCGUGGCUCAGAGGCCAUGCUUAGAUCUCGCGGACGUGCGUAUUCUACAGCAAGUUUAGGUUCCCAGAUGCUUCUCAACGAGCAGGAGUCUAAUCCUUUUGCGAUCCGAGCUCCUUCCCCUGAUCGCGCGUCCAGGUUUGAUCCAAAAGCCCGCGCGCGCACCACAUCAUACGGCUCGAUGGGCAGUAUGAUGUUUCCGGAUAAUGCAGAGGAGACUAACCCCUUUGCCCUCCGGCCACCCUCUCCCAGCCGCUCCUCUCGCUUCGACCCCAAAGUGCGUGCGCGCACUAUGUCGAAUGGAUCGUUAGGUACACAAAUGAUCCUUGACAAUGACGUGCGUUCUGUGGAUGAUGGGGAGCAACGCCCUCGUUCCAGACUGUAUUCCCGUCUCGAGCUCAUGCGUCCUAAGGUAUUAAUCAUGCCCAGCCCAUUACAAUCUGCCGCUCCUGCGGCGCCAAAGCAGACCAUCGCCAUGGAAGGAUUCGAGUUACACGACGAUGGGCGACCUCUUCCACCAGGUGCUCGUACGACGCGGAGAUCGUCUACAACAUUAUCGAUGCUCGACCCGUCGCCUGCUUUGAUUGCCUCGAAUUCGUUCACACCCAAUCCCCGUGCGAGCUUGACGCUGUCGCAGCUGACCUUCCGCAACACACUUGCCGUAGAUGGCGGGCGAGACCCUUCAUAUGCCGAUAUCGAUAAUGAUCUUCGUAGAGCAACAGAAGAGGGGGAGCAAAUCCUUCCUGAACCGGAGUCAGAACCAUUGCCAUCGACUCCUGCGCCUGCCAUUGUCGUGGAUCCCGCGGACCGCUCGAAACGACCUGCUGGUAAGCUGUAUGGAAAGAGUCUUAUCGACGACCUCGAAACUCGCAAGGCAGAGAUGAAGAGCAAAUCCCGAGUAUUCCGAGGUGAUGAUAGACCAUCCAUGAUGGCGCGGACGUCGAUCAAGCGAUCAAGCACGCUGAUUGACCCGGAUUCGUUAAAGCAGCGCCCCCAAUUACAGGGUUCGAAUUCAUUCCACUCGCAACCCAGUCUCUCCAAACGUGAAUCGAAGACAUUGGUCAAUCUUGAUGACGACAUUCCUGGCGUUCGAAAAAGUCAGCAUAUCGGUCUAGACACUAUGAACGCGGCAAACAAGAAAUCUGUGUUUGGAGUCGACACACUAUGGGAGCGGGAGCUCGCAAAGCUGCGAGAAAUCGAGGAGCGGGAACGUAUUGAAGCUGAAGAGGCAGCAAGCAGACAAGUGAUUGAAGAGGAGAAGAAGGGCAAGGGCAAAGGCAAAGGCAAAAAGAAGAACAAGCACAAGAAGGCAACGGAAGAACCCGGUCUAGAAAGCAUCACUCAGCCAUCUGCAUCGAAUUUUGCAUCCGAGUCUGCACUAGAACCACGCGCACCAUCUCCUCCAUACGUCCUCCCGGCGAUCGAGCGAGCGACUCGACGGCACCCCCCUCCGCCCGCCGCAAACGGCGACACGGACGAGGAAAGCGAUUCAGAUGACCAACCACUUGCGGGUCAUAGGCAGACAGUGGUGAAGGAAGUUGAGGCAAAUGAAUGGGGCUCAUCUGACGAGGAAGGAGGACCCGUACGCACAACUGGUUCGGGACCGAGGUUUCCGAACGGUCGCAGUCGUGGUUCCUCUAAUGCACCAAAAUUGGUCACCAAGAACAUCGACGAUAGUAGCGAAGACGAUCUCCCUCUGGUUGCAACUAUCAGUCGUGCUGCUACUCGAAUGACGCGAGCAGAGUUUUCACGCGAGGACACUGAAUCCGACGAAGAGAAACCUCUUUCGACAUUAUUGGACAAGAGCACAAUAAGACUCAAUUCGGUCGGAGCUUUCGGGAGCAGCCUCUUCCCUGAUACUCCCGAGCAAGCCGCUGAUGAAGAGGACGACAAACCACUUGGUCUGCGUGUCUCUAGGGCCAUGAACUUGACCCACGAUCCGAGCUCUCUGAAUCAAGAUGUCGACGAUGACAAACCGCUUGCAUUCCAUCCCGAUCAGAUGCGCCGAACACAGUACAUGAUGGCUCAACAACAACAACAGCAACAGAUGAUGAUGCAAGCACAGGCUGCUCAGCUGCACCAAUCCAUGAUUUUCGGUGCACCGUCCAUGAUGGGCUCAGGGUUCUUUGGUCCGCCAAUACCCCCGCCGAUGUUGAUGCCACAGCUUCCAACGACGCCACCACCUCCGAACGAUGCCGUAAAAUUCGGACGUGUGGAUAAAUGGCGACAUGAUGUCGCGGUGGAGGAAGAGCAAUAA